CAGGUACAGUAGGGACGCCUGACGCCUAGCACAACAGCAAGCAAAGUGGAGCCUGGAGAGAGCAAGACCUGCUUCACGGGGAGAGUCGUGAGACUGCAGGAACAUCCAAGGUGCCAGCCUACGGCGAUGCCUUCCACUCCAGAGCAGCCCUUUGGGCACACGGGGGGCCUCCCUGUGCCAGAGAUGGGUUCGUGGCCCCCACUGCUGUGCGGACCCUGCAUCCCCAUCAUGCUGGCCCUGGCCUCCCUCGCCGCUCUCUUCCUCCUGACCACAGCCGUGUUGGCAGAACGCCUGUUCCGCCGCUCUCAGCACGCAGACCCCAGCAACCACGCGCCCACCCUGGUCUGGCGCCCCGGAGGAGAACUGUGGAUCGAGCCCAGGGGCACCCCCCGAGAGCGUUCGGAGGACUGGCUCCGUGUGGACAGAACUGAUGCUCCAGGGGAAGCUCAGAAGUGCUCCUUCUGGCUGCCUGGGGUUGCAGCCUGCUGCAAGCAGCGUGGAGAACUGGGGGUGGGGCAGACUCUGGGCCAGAAGCCACCAAAAUCACGUUGCAGAUUCAGAUCUCAAGGUACCAAAGAGGCAGAAAAUAGCAUCAUCACGAGGCUUCCACCUUCCUUCCUUGUGUACCUAAGAUGCCGGGACCGGAGUGCAGGAGUCCCAUGGAUGCCAAAGAACAGGCUGAGUGUGGGUGAUGAGGGUCUGUCCCGCCAGCAGGAGAGGACAGGAAGCCAGCCUCCUGGAGCCACAGAUCACACCUCCCAGAAACACACACACAGAGGUCAAGACCAGGCAAAGGAACGUCUUAUUACAGCUCAACUGUGGCUUUGACUCCCAUCUUGCAACAGGGACUUGGUUAGCCAAACUGGAGAGGCCCUUCCUUCCUACAGCUGGGACUUUGCAUCAGUGGCAAUCAGCAGGCAGCCCUCCGACUCUGACCCCUCCAGGGUGAGGGAGGCCAGCGGAAAGGAACCCUGCCCGAGGACAGAGCAGCUCCUAGC